AUGAUGCUCUAUGUACUGGCAGGCUCGCCGUCUUGGCUCGCCCCUCCCCAAAGUAACGCACCAGGCACGCCGUGCGUGGAUGGCAGAAAGUGUGCGGUAGAGGAAGACCCAGUCGAGAUUGUGAGCGGCAACUUCACGGUCCAACGCAAUGAGCCAAGCCGUGUUGGCGCUGCGGCUGCCCGUGGCACCCUUGGCUGCGUAAACCACGGGCUUGAUGAUGUCCCGUCGCUAGAGGCACGACUUACCGAACAGGGAGGCCUAGAGUUUGACAAUGACACUUUCGUAGAUGAGCUAGCUAUCCGGUUAGCCUGUUAG